GAUGCGUAAAAACCCCAGGCUUUUUCCUCUUCAGGUAACCCUAGCUGGCCAAAACACCUCCCCCCAAGUUCGCUCCUUCCCCGCUCCUCCUCUCCUCCUCCUCUUCUUCCUUUUAUUCUUCUUUUUCUUCUUCACUUCACUUCACCUCUUCUCUCUCUGUCUCUCUCUCUCUCUGUGUGUGUGCGAUAUCAAUCACCGUGUCUCUUCCUGGCACAUGCGCUGUAUGUACAUACCAUUCCGUCCGCUCGCUUCACGACCCGUCUAUUGUUAGUUACGUCGCCAUGGCUGUCUCCGACGCCGUUACCUACAUCAUCAAGGAGACCCCCCUGCCUCCCGCCCCCGAGACACACGACAUCUUCGACCCGUGCCAGUGGGCCACCCUGCUAUCCAUCGCAGACGCCAUCAUCCCCUCUAUUCGUCGCAAGAGGGCUGCCGUCCCCGCCUGCCACCAUGCCGUUGCCGAUAAGGACUACGAUGAUGCGAUCGCACUGCUCGUCGCUGGCUCAAACGACCCCGACCGUCUUGCCCUGGCCCAGAACUACCUCGAGGAAAACGCCGUCGCCAUCCCCGCCUUCAAGGAGUCUCUUUGCCGCACCCUCGCCCUCUACGUUCCCCCGGAGGCCCGCAGCGCCCUCCUGAGGCUCCUCACCCUCCUCAACCACCGCGCCUUCGCCCUCCCCCUGACCGGCUCGACCGUCCCCUUUCGCCUGCAGCCCGUCCAUGUCCGCGAGUCCGUCCUGCGCGCUUGGGAGACCUCUUACUUCCCCGCCUUGCGACGUGCGCACCGCUCCCUCGUCGCCCUCUGUCACAAGUCAUGGACCUCCAUCAGCCCAACCCUGCCCAAGGUGCUGGGCCUGCCUCGUGUUCCCGUCCACGGAAAGACAGGCGAGGGCUACCCUUACACGUUCCUCCAGUUCCCCGCUGGCGACGCUAUGGAGAUCAUCGAGACUGACGUCGUCAUCGUCGGCAGUGGCUGCGGAGCCGGUGUGGCCGCGAAAAACCUCGCAGAGGCCGGCUAUCGCGUCAUCGUCGCAGAGAAGUCAUACUACUUCUCCGAAAACCACUACCCGAUGACCGCCGCAGCAGGAACGGUCCAUCUGUACGCCAACGGCGGCGCAGAGAUCUCCGACGACGGCUCCAUCUCGGUCCUCUCCGGUUCGACCUGGGGAGGCGGCGGGACGAUCAACUGGUCCGCCUCUCUUCAGACUCAGUCGUACGUCCGCCAGGAGUGGGCAAAAUCCGGCCUCGACCUCUUCACCUCUAUGGCCUUCCAGGAUUCCCUCGAUCGCGUCUGUGACUAUAUGGGCGCUUCCACGGAUCAUAUCGAGCACAAUUUUAGCAACUCCGUCCUCCUUGAAGGCGCCCGCAAGCUGGGCUACAAUGCAAAAGCCGUUCCUCAGAACACUGGCAACCAAAAGCAUUACUGCGGAUACUGCACACUUGGAUGCGCGUCCGCCACUAAGCAGGGCCCCGCUGUCUCGUUCCUUGCUGACGCCGCCAGGGCCGGUGCGACCUUUAUCGAGGGGUUUGAGGUGGACAAGGUCCGCUUCGACACACGCGACCCCAAGCGCCCUAAAGUUGCCGUCGGGGUAAAGGGAACCUGGAGGUCAAGAGAUGCGAACGGGUUGACCCACGGCCAGCCCCUUGUCAGCAAAAAACUGAUCGUCAAGGCGAAGAAAGUGAUCAUUUCCUGUGGCUCCCUGCAGUCUCCUUUGCUGCUCCUUCGCAGCGGUCUCAAGAAUUCACAUAUAGGACGGAACCUACACCUUCAUCCAGUUAUGAUUGUCGGUGCUAUCUACGAUCAUGAGACUCGCCCAUGGGAAGGAGGAAUAUUGACGUCUGUGGUCAGCGAUUUUGAAAACGUAGAUGGCACCGGCCAUGGCACGAAAAUCGAGGCACUGACGAUGAUGCCCUCGUUUUUCCUUCCGUCGUUCACCUGGAAAAAUGGCCUCGACUACAAGCUAUUCGCAGCAAACCUUCGCAACAUGAGCGGCUUUAUCUCUCUCGCCCGAGAUAGAGACACGGGCUCAGUUUAUCCUGAUCCCGUCGACGGUAGAUGUAGAAUCAAAUACACACCCUCGGCCUAUGAUCGGAAGCAUAUACUGGAAGGCGUCAUCGCUAGCGCCAAGAUAGCAUACGUCUCGGGCGCCAAAGAGAUUCGCACCACUUGCCAUUCGGUUCCUCCGUUCGUUCGCCCCAAAGAGCCUGCUGAUUCUCUUGAAGAAGGCAUCAACAAUCCGGCCUUUCAGGCCUGGAUCCAACAGCUGAGGCAAAGUGAUCCUCUUCCUACUUGGGGAUCAAGUUUUGCCAGUGCACAUCAGAUGGGAACUUGUCGCAUGGGCUCGUCAGCGAGGAAGAGUGUUGUCGACCCUUCUGGUCAGGUUUGGGGAACAGACGGACUUUAUGUCAUGGACGCGUCUGUUUUCCCGAGCGCAAGCGGCGUCAAUCCAAUGGUGACCAACAUGGCGAUUACGGAUUGGACAAGCCGUUGUCUGGUCGAAACGAUGAAAAAAGAAAAUGCCCUGAUCGGAUCUCCGCGAUUGUAACCCUAUUCUUUACGAUUAACGUGUGUCUAUCAUCUCCCGACCGCUAUGCGCCUCUUUUUGGACACCUUUUUGUAUCAACGACCUUUGCCCCGUCAGGGUUUCUCUAGCUGCUACCUAAAGUGGCUAUCUUCUGUGUAACUAACCUAAUGUCAUCAUUAAUGUACAGUACAUACCAUGCGUAUAGAGUACAUACAGACAUACAAGAUCAAUUAUACCCUCCUCU